GAAGGGAAGCUGAGGUUUUGUAUAGACAGGGGAGGUACAUUCACAGAUGUUUAUGCUGAGAUUCCAGGGCAUUCUGAUGGUCGUGUUUUGAAGCUUUUAUCAGUGGAUCCAUCGAACUACGAUGAUGCUCCUGUUGAAGGAAUCAGGAGGAUACUUGAGGAGUACACAGGGAAGAAGAUACCAAGAACGUCUAAGAUACCUACUGAUAAGAUUCAGUGGAUAAGGAUGGGUACAACUGUGGCAACGAAUGCGUUGUUGGAGAGGAAAGGGGAGAGGAUAGCUUUGUGUGUUACUAAAGGGUUUAAAGAUUUGUUGCAGAUUGGUAAUCAAGCUCGGCCAGAUAUUUUUGAUCUUACUGUGGCGAAACCGUCGAAUCUUUAUGAAGAGGUGGUUGAGGUUGAUGAAAGAGUUGAGCUUGCGCUUGAAGGUGAUGAUGAUGAUUCAGGGUCCUUGAUUAAAGGAGUUUCUGGUGAGCUUCUUAGAGUUGUGAAGCCAUUUGAUGAAGAAGGUUUGAAACCGUUGUUGAAGGGUUUGCUU